AUGAAUAAUAUUCAUAAAUUCCGUAUUGAAGGUUUUGGCAUCAAGAAUUAUUAUUCUUGUAUUGAUCCUUGGAUCGAUAUUGCCAUUACGUGCAAUGUUGUUGAACUUGACCUUGAUCUUCUUCAUUUCGGCUUCCCAGAUCAGCGUGUUGAUUGGGACCUAGCUAGUGUCAUUGCCAUAGCACCUACCUCAAAUUGUUUUCCUCGUUUCAAGUACCUACAUGUGACACUUAACCGUCCUCGACUUCUCGACUGGAUCGAGAAGCUAUUUGCUUCUUGUCCUCAGCUUGAAGAUUUGAUUGUAUAUGGAAAUCUUGGGUCGCUUGGUCAUUCAGAUUUGAACAAAACUGAUGCAGGAGCAUCUACUGAUGUCACAGGCAUGCCUAAGAGGAAGGUUCAAAGUCCACCAUAUCUCAAGGAUUAUGUUAGAAAAGCUCGGUUGGAGGUGGUGGAUUCCAUGGCUAAUAACAGGCGCGGUUUUAGGGGAUUCCGAGGGGAAGGUCAUGACAACGACAACAACAACAUGGAGGAAAUUAGGAGAGCACUUCAACAGCUCAGUGAGCGAAUGGCUCGCAUCGAAACUCAAGGCCGAAACAGAGGGGGUUUCGACGGGGAACGGGAGGAAAAUCCUUUUCAUCGCCGUGCUCUUAGGGAUGAGACGGGUGAAGGGGGACAUGGCAACAAAUCUUUUGAUAUGAAAGUGGAUCUGCCAGAGUUUGAGGGGAGGAUCCAACCUGAGGAGUUUAUCAAUUGGCUCAAUACGGUGGAGCGGGUCUUCGAUUACAAAGUAGUUCCUGAUGAAGACAGGGUGAAGAUGGUUGCAAUCAAACUAACAAAACAGGCCUCUGCGUGGUGGGAAACAUUGAAGCUUCGGCGCGAACGCUUAGGAAAGUCAAAGAUUAAGUCUUGGGAAAAGAUGAAAAAGGCAAUGAAGGAGAAAUUCUUACCAGACAAUUAUGUACAAGAUUCCUUUAUGAAGUUACAUGGCUUGAGGCAAGGUCUUCGAUCUGUUGAUGAAUUUACUGAAGAGUUUGACCUCUUGAGUAUGAGAUGUGCUGUGACUGAAACAGAAGAGCAGACGAUUGCACGGUACCUUGCAGGGUUGAGGAAAGAAAUACAUGAUGUUUUGGUGUUACAUCAAUUUUGGUCCUUUAAUGAUGUGUACAAGUUGGCAAUCCAAAUAGAGAAACAACAAAAGCCUCGGAAUAAGCGUGUUGGGGCUGAAGAUUAUGAGCAAAGAAAAUUUGGGGCUGCGAAGAUGAUAACAAAUGCGGAGCAUGGAAAACCGAUGGAAGUACAGAAAAAUCUGCCUCAAGAGAGUCGUACUUUGAAAGAUGGAGGUAGGAAGAAUGUCAAGUGUUUUAAGUGCUCGAGACUAGGACAUAUUGCGUCCGAAUGUCCUAAUAGGAGAAUCGUCAGUUUAGUAGAGGAAUUGGGUGAGUCAAGCGAUCGAAUAGAUGGGCCACCAGUGUAUGACGACUAUAGAGAAGAAGCUGAUGAAGAAAUCACAUGGAGUGACCAUGGCGACUCACUGGUAAUCCGCAGGGUGAUGAAUACUGUAAAGGUGGAGGAGAAUCCUAAUUGGUUGAGGCACAACAUCUUUCAUACGAAAUGCACAGCUAAUGAAAAGGUAUGUCAUGUUAUUAUUGAUGGAGGGAGUUGUGAGAAUAUAGUGUCAGAAGAGAUGGUCGAUAAACUUAGUUUGAAGACAGAGCGAAAGCCAGAAUCAUAUAAGCUCUCAUGGUUCAAGAAGGGGAAUGAUGUGAUUGUUAACCAGCGAUGCUUGGUGACGUUCUCUAUUGGUAGCAAAUACCAAGAUGCACAGUGGUGUGACGUGGCUCCGAUGGAUGCAUGUCAUUUGUUGUUGGGGCGUCCUUGGCAGUUUGAUCGUAGAGCAAUACAUGAUGAAUACAAAAAUACUUAUAGUUUUGUCAAAGAUGAGGUGAAGGUAAUCUUGGGGCCGUCUAAGUCUGAGAGCAGUCCAAAGCCAACCAAAAGGGAGAAUAGGAGUUUUUUGUCUAUGGGGUCUAGCCUGCCUAAUAGGCCUCACUACCGUAUGAGUCCGCAAGAAUAUGAGGAGCUCAAUAGACAAGUGACAGAAUUACUAGAAAAAGGGGUUAUCCGGGAGAGUAUGAGUCUGUGCGCGGUUCCAGCAUUACUCACACCUAAGAAAGAUGGGACAUGGCGUAUGCGGCCUGGUGAUGAGUGGAAAACUGCAUUCAAGACUCGUGAUGGUUUAUUUGAAUGGAUGGUUAUGCCGUUUGGUUUGACAAAUGCCCCAAGCACAUUUAUGCGCUUGAUGAAUCAGGUAUUUCGACCAUAUAUUGGAAAAUUUGUUGUGGUGUAUUUUGACGAUAUUCUUGUCUAUAGCCCGGAUGCAUCUCAACAUGUUGAUCACUUGAAGAAGAUUUUUGAAGUACUUAGGGAACAAAAGCUUUAUGCCAACCUGAAGAAGUGUGAGUUCCUUACUGAAAGUUUAAUAUUUCUGGGCUAUGUUAUUUCUGUUGAUGGUAUUAAAGUAGACAGCAAAAAAGUUGAAGCUAUCCUCGAGUGGCCUACACCGCAGUCUAUACAUGAUAUUCGGAGUUUUCAUGGGUUAGCCUCAUUCUAUCGCAGAUUUAUUAGAAAUUUCAGUUAUAUUGUCGCACCUAUGACGAAUUGUCUGAAGAGUAACAUAUUUAACUGGACUGAGGCAGCAGAGAGGAGCUUCCAAGCUAUCAAACAUGCCAUCACUAAUGCACCUGUGUUAGUAUUGCCGGAUUUUCAGAAAAUUUUUGAGGUUGAUUGUGAUGCUUCAAAGAUUGGUGUUGGGGCAGUUCUAAGCCAAGAAGGAAAGCCGGUAGCAUUCUUCAGCGAAAAUCUCAAUGAGACAAGGCAAAGGUACUCUACUUAUGAUAUUGAAUUUUAUGCAAUUAUGCAAGCUCUUCGGCAGUGGCGACAAUAUUUGAUCUAUAAAGAGUUUGUCCUGUACUCUGACCAUGAAGCAUUGAAAUUUAUUAACGGUCAACACAAGUUGAAUCGAAGGCAUGCACAAUGGGUAGAAGAACUUCAAGAGUAUUACUUUGUGAUCCGGCAUAAAUCUGGGGUUCAAAAUAAAGUGGCAGAUGCCUUGAGUCGCAAGGAAGCCUUGCUAUCAAUCAUGGGAGCCCAAGUGCUUGGGUUUGAGCAAUUAAAAGAGCUAUAUAAGGAUGAUUCUGAUUUUGGGAGUACGUGGGCAGAAUGUGUGGCAUCAAAACCCACAUCUGAUUUUCAUAUCAAGGAUGGAUACUUGUUCAAGGGAAGUCGGCUCUGCAUCCCUAACUGCUCUAUGCGUCUCUUGAUCAUCGAAAAGCAACACGGUGGUGGUUUGGGAUGCCAUUUUGGGCGUGACAAAACACUAGCACUAGUUAAUGACAAAUUAUAUUGGCCAAAGCUAUCUAAAGAAGUGUUGAGGUAUGUGCAACGCUGCAGAACUUGUCAUGUAGCUAAAAGUCGUAGCCAAAACACAGGACUCUACACACCCUUGCCUGAACCUCAAGCUCCCUGGAUCGACGUGAGUAUGGAUUUCAUUCUGGGCUUCCCAAGAACAAAGCAAGGAUAUGAUUCAAUUUUGGUAGUGGUUGAUCGUUUCUCAAAGAUGGCGCAUUUUCUACCUUGCAAGAAGACCAUGGAUGCUAGUCAUAUUGCUCAUAUUUAUUUUCGAGAGGUGUUGAAGCGUGCUGGGAAGAAUGCAUACGUGUUAGACCUCCCUGGAGAAAUUGGGGUCUCACCAACAUUUAAUGUGGCUGAUUUACAACUUUAUCAUGGGGAGAACACAAUUACUAGCUCAGACUCGAGGUCGAGUUCUCUUCAACCCCAGGAGUCUGAUGCAGGAGCAUCUACUGAUGUCACAGGCAUGCCUAAGAGGAAGGUUCAAAGUCCACCAUAUCUCAAGGAUUAUGUUAGAAAGUAA